GCUACAGGCCACGUGCACCUCGAUAAGUUGCGCUUAGUUCUUCACGAACUGUGUGGGAGGUUAGCCGCUACAUGAAUAUAAUGUUUCUUCAAUGUCAUGCGCUAUGAGCUUCAUGCAGCGAGAAUACGUAUUCGGUGCCGAUGAGUGAUUUACGCGCGAGUGCCACGUGAUUUUGACAGUCGAAACGGUAUUACCGGUUGGUUGUGUCAGUGACAGUGGCGGGUGUAGGCGAAAGUGUUUUUGAUAACGAUACGACCGGCAAUAAUUUGAAGUGAUGGUCUAAGAUCAAAGAGGCCACACCAGGAUAAUUAUGAAAUAUUACUUGGCGCAAUUUCCGCCGGCUAUGGAGUGUUUUCGAUCCUGGUUUGUGGACUAUUUGGUACUACUGUUCGCGGUCACCUGUGCAGCCAACGAUGGGUUUUAUGGAUUAUCCAAAUUCCAAACUGAUAUACUGGAAUACGACUUGCUACACGCAAUUGGUGUACCAUUCAGCAACCAGAAAACCCAAUAUUUCGAUGAAGGGCUCGAUGGUUUCCCAGCUUAUGGCUUGAAACCAGGCUCUGACAUAAAAUCACCAUACCGCCUAUUCAUGCCGGAGAAAUUGUAUCCCGAAUUCUCAAUAACUGCUACAGUUCGACCCGCAAACAAAGAUGGAGGUUUCCUAUUCUCUGUGGUGAACCCUUUAGAAACAGUUGUUCAAUUAGGGGUUACACUUAUUCCAUCGGGUCCUGGGCUGACAAAUAUAUCAUUAUUAUAUACAGACGCAAAUAUAUAUACACUAUCUCAAACAAUCGCGUCUUUUGUUGUACCGUCAAUUGCAAAGAAGUGGUCGCGAUUCGCGUUAAGGGUUACUACGGAGAAUGUAACUCUGUUCUUCAACUGUCACGAGUUCGACACGAUGGUGGUGAAGAGGAACCCUCUUGAGCUGGUAUUCGACUCUGCUUCUACUUUGUACGUGGGACAAGCUGGACCGAUGAUUGGUGGAGCAUUUCAUGGUGCAUUUCAAGAGCUCAAGUUAUACGAGUCACCGUCUCAGGCAGAAGUGCAAUGUGUCAACACCUUCAAGGAUAUCGGCAGCGGCAACGAUGACGACGAGAUUGACAUAGACAAUUUUUUGGUGGACCAAGAAGAUGGCGACGAGGGUUCGGGCCGCUACGGUACAAUACCGCCUUUUCCUCCCCCACCACCAGGAAUGGACGGGUAUCCAUUGCGGCUUCGAGGCGAAAAAGGCGAACGAGGACCGCGGGGUCCACCAGGUGAAUCGAUUAGAGGUCCCCCAGGACCACCAGGCCCACCAGGUGUACCUGGAACACCUGGCAGCAUUACUGAGUUUUCCGGCUCUGGUGAUGGAGAGCAAGUAUUUGGAGAGAACUACUCGUCUUUUGCACAGUGUGGGUGCAAUUCUAGCACAAUUUUGUCACUUCUGCAAACUGCACCUGAGCUACAAGGUCCGCCAGGACCACCGGGCACAAUCGGGGCUGAUGGAAGAACGGGAGAGCCUGGUAUCACUGGUCAACCAGGUAAACAAGGAGAACGUGGACCGAUCGGCCCUAGCGGCGAGAAGGGGGAACGUGGAGACAUCGGACCCAGAGGACCAGAAGGCCCAGCAGGAUCAAAAGGAGAGGCUGGAGUAGAUGGAAGGACCGGAAGUCCAGGACCGCCAGGACCACCUGGUCCUCCAGGAUCGUCCGAGUAUAACAAUUUCGACGAGUCCCUUGUGGGGUCGUAUGGUGGUGACUUGGGUAGAACUGGGCCACCAGGACCAAAAGGAGAUGUAGGCCAACCUGGACCAAUUGGACCUCAAGGAGAGAGAGGCUUUCCAGGGCAAAAAGGAGAGAGAGGACAGCCAGGAUUAUUAGGACAUAAGGGAGAACGGGGUCAUGCUGGACCGCGUGGUGAUAUUGGACCAAAAGGAGAAACAGGAAAUCCUGGAUUCGAUGGUCGUCCGGGAAUACCGGGUGCUAAUGGCCGCCCUGCAGAGAAAGGCGAAAAAGGAGAACGUGGCUUACCCGGCCCGCCCGGCUCAGCAAUUCCAUCUAGUCUAUUCAGCUCAGAGGAUCCCGAAUUUCUAACAACUGGUCGUGCGGGAAUAGCGGGAGCAAAAGGCGAUCCUGGUGAAAAGGGUGAAAAAGGUAGUCGAGGAAGUGAUGGUACUCCGGGUAUCCCCGGGAAAGACGGUGUAUCUGGUGAAAGAGGAGAUAUUGGACCAUCAGGCAUGCCAGGGGUAUCCGGCCCUCCAGGAUCCCCAGGUUUAAAAGGAGAAAGAGGAGAGCGUGGACCGCCAGGACCUAUUAGUGUUACUUCCUCUGCAUCAGACAUCCUUACUAUAAAGGGUGACAAGGGAGACGCUGGUCUUCGAGGACGCCGAGGACGGCCUGGGCCAGCAGGACCGCGUGGUUUACAAGGAUUACAAGGUGUACCUGGACCACCAGGACGACCUGGAGAUAUUGGCAUACCGGGAAUAGUAGGCAAACCGGGUAUGUUCGGACCUCCAGGAGUAACCGGUCCAACAGGGCCGAAGGGAGAGAAGGGCGACCCUGGAGUCAAUAUCCUGGAUGUGUCUAUGUUCAAAGGUGAAAAAGGAGAACCCGGGCUCGAUGGAUUGCCAGGGCAAACUGGCGACGAAGGUCCACCAGGGCCACCUGGACCACCAGGAGCUGUGGUUGAACCAAUUCGGUAUAUUCCGGGACCACCUGGACCGCCCGGUCCUCCAGGUCCCGCGGGAGUACCGGGUGUGUCUAUUGUAGGACCUAAGGGAGAACCUGGCCUGAGCUAUUACGAUGAACAUCCUGUUCAUGGAAAUACCAAAUUUUAUGGCAGACCAGUCCCAAAGAGCCCUAUAGAUGAACUCAAAGCUCUUAGAGACAUGGAUAGAAGUAGAGGCAUGGCAUUCUCGACUCCUGUUGGAUCGCAGCCCAAUCAUGCUGAGGAGACGAAAAAUGAUAAAACAAUACCUGGUGCUGCUGUAUUCCAAACAACGGAAGAAAUGAUGAAGUUAGCGGCUUCUAGUCCAGUUGGAGCGCUGGCUUAUGUUGUAGAGGAACAAGCGUUAUUUGUUAAAGUGAAUUCUGGAUGGCAAUACGUUUUGCUGGGUUCAUUAGUGACUCAUUCCCCACCCCCAUCAGUACCUGUAGCUCCGACUACACCACCAGCCAAAUUCCCCUUGCCUGCUGCAAGUUUAGUACACGUGCAGGCCAUGCCUAAUUCAGUAGAGAACUCCAUAUCCUACACAGGACCUAACAUUCGACUCGUAGCUCUCAACGACCCAAUGCCAGGCAAUAUGCACGGUGGUCUGCGACGAGUUGAUUACGCGUGCUAUAGACAAGCGAGGAGAGCCGGGUUGCGUGGCACUUUUAGAGCAUUUAUUACAAACAGAAUACAAAAUCUAGACUCGAUAGUGCGCUACUCAGACAGAGAGUUGCCUGUCAUGAAUAACCAAGGAGAAGUUCUAUUUAAGUCCUUCUCUGAAAUAUUUGAUGGAAAUGGUGGUGUGAUGGUCGGAACGCCUAGAAUAUUCAGCUUUAGUGGAAAAAAUAUCAUGACUGAUACACAUUGGCCCCAGAAAAUUAUAUGGCAUGGCGCACAUGCUAGCGGAGAAAGAGCAUUCGAUGCAUUCUGCGACGAAUGGCAGAGUAGUGAACCUACCAGCAGAGGCAUGGCCGCCUCUUUAUAUUCUCAUAAACUACUCUCACAGGAGAGACAUUCCUGCAACAAUCACUUUGUUGUGCUUUGUGUGGAAGCUACUUCAAAUGCAAGCAAAAGAAGUAAAAGAGAAACAAGAAGAUAUAACUCGACCGGAUUAUUAGACGAAGAAGAUUACAUGUACAAUGCCGACGAAUAUCAACAACUACUGAAUGAAAUAUUUGCUCAACCGUACAGAGAAAACUAAUACCUAUUCGGCUAGAUUUAAAGUAUAAACCAAAAUAACACUACAGAAUAAGUUAAGAGUGUCACCGCAUUGGUACGAAAUGUAUUAUUGUAUUGAAAGUUUGAGAUUAUUCAAAUCAAGUGGGUAGAGCUUGGUGUUCAUGUGAGAUUCCUAUUAUAAUAAGGGUAUAUUUAAGCAAUCGUAUAUCACUAAGACAUUAUAUAUAUUGCUUAUAACAAGUACUUAUAGUCACAUCUAGAUAUGCAUUUUGUCAUUAUUUCUGUUGCUAAUAAAUAUUGUAAAUAUUUGUUUUUUUCGUAGUA